AGGGUAAGCUGUAAGUCGCCUCUUCUGGUGAUCACUCAUCAGCCACCGCCACCACUCUCAUUGUUGAGUGCUGCUAUCUCUCAAUUGAAAUCACAUCUAAGAAAGUAGGUCUUUUUUAGUUGAAUUUGACUGCACGGUUAAACAAGUAAUGGAUUGCUCGCAAUCUUAUGAUCACCGUGAUCGACUAAGUGCGUUGCCCGACUCCUUAAUCCUCACGAUUCUUUCUCUGUUGGAAACGCGGUAUAUUGUUUGGACAGCACUGCUCUCCAAACGUUGGAGAGAUCUUUGGACCACCGUUCCCGGUCUGAAAUUCGUAGAAGAAGAUAGAAAUUUCAUUUGUGGAGUAGUUUCGAAAUUUAGAGGUGCAAAGAUCGUCAGCUUCUACUUUGAAUUGCUCUACGAGCUCCCUCUUGCUAGUGAUGUUGAUUCGUGGCUGCUUUUUGCGGUCGAAAAACAAGUGGAAGAGCUACAUAUAUAUUUGGGAUCUCAUCCUGAUACCCCAUACUGCCUACCCCAGUUUUUCUAUUCAUGCUCGUCGAUUACAAAAUUAUUGCUCAUAAAUUGUUCGUUGCAAAUCGAGGGGAGUGUUCAGUUGAAUCAACUCGAGAGUUUAUCAAUUCACCUUCGCGAUUCCUCGUGUGAUGCUGCCAUGAACAAGCUUCUCUUGGGCGCCCCUCGCUUGGAAGAGAUGAUUUUGUUGAUCGAUGAAAUUAAUCAAAACUUCAGUAUCCGAUCUACCAGUUUGAAGAAUCUCAUAAUCGACAGCCAUCGCCCUUUCAGUACUGAAAUAAGGGCAGUGUUGAGAAUUUGUGCUCCUAAUCUCUUGACUCUGAGAAUUAGAGCAGCUCUUGUUAAUGGUGGCAGUUGUUUGUGGGAUGUCCCAUCUUUGACUGAAGCUUGUUUACGAUAUUUCUCUGAUGCGGAUGACUAUGGAAUUCCUGGAGACUUUCCGCCUCUUGAAGCGUUUUAUCAAAUUUUUCGAAGCAUCUGUCAUGUUAAGAAGCUCACAUUACCGGAGUUGCACAUUGAGCUGCUUCUCGACAUGAAGAAGAAAGAUAUGGUUGUUCAAUUUGCGAAUGCUGAGUUUCUAAGGCACGAAUGCGUAAGCACACAUGAUCUUCUUGAUCUUCUUGAUCUCCUUGAUCUUCUUGAGAUGUUUCCUAAGCUGAAGACGUUGAUUUUUAAUCAAUACCAGAUUUUUCAGGAUUUUAAUCCCGACGUUGAGACGCCAUUCCCCCGUCCCUCAGUUCUGCAUCUAAAAACAGUUGAGAUUCUUUGGCCUGCAGAAGACCCCUCAAUAAUUCCAUUUAUAGAAUUUCUCUUGCAAGAUGCUCCCUUGCUUCACAAGCUCGUGUUUCGUCUUAUAAAGUAUAGAGAUAAUCGUAAGCCCUUCUUAAUGGUAGAAGAGAAGGUGCGAAGUAUGCCAAGAUCCUCCCCAACUGUUGAGGUUAUUAUAAUCGAUGGUUGAUCAAUGAAUCAACCGAACUUAUUAUAUAUAGUAAGGGACUCAGCAUUUGCUUUUACUUUUUUCGACUAUCUAUCUAUUCAUGUUUUCAUUAUUUGCGUUAUUUGUUUCUGUGUAUGUUAUGCUUUUUAGCAGCAUUGCCGUUGAUGAAUAUUCAUGUCUUUCACAUAUAUUAAUUAGGAACUCGU